AUGCCGUGUACACAGCACCAGAGUCCGGCCCGCCUGCACUACGUGGCUCCAGUGACGUCUCCAUCGCCUAGCACAGGACACGCUUCUUCUCCAACACCUCUCCUUGAUCGGACUCAUGAUAAAGUAACACAUAUCGCCACGAGAACUGCGCCAACCGCACCAACAUUCAUUCUCCCUCUGUGCUCUCCUCGCCUUUUUAUGGAUCAGGCGAUGGACGGCGCCCGUUUGCCCGUCGAGGCCUGGUUUUGGGAGACGCCCGUGUGCACGCGAUGGUGGACGACAGCGACGCUGCUGGCCAGUGCCCUCGUCCAGUGCCGCAUAGUCUCACCCUACCAGCUCUUUUAUAGCUAUCGAGCUGUUUUUCAUAGAUCACAGUACUGGCGCCUCGUGACGUCGUUCCUCUACUUCGGUCCAUUCUCGAUCAAUCUACUCUUCCACAUCUACUUCCUCCAACGAUACUCGCGUCUUCUCGAAGAAUCAUCCGGCCGAUCGCCAGCUCACUUCUCUUGGCUUUUGCUCUACGCAAUGGUCAGCCUCAUCGUCAUGUCUCCCCUCGUCUCAUUGCCUUUCCUCGGGCAUCCGCUCUCUUCGACUCUCGUAUAUAUUUGGUCCCGGAAAAAUCCAGACACGCAGCUCAGCUUCUUGGGGGUCCUCGUAUUCACUGCUCCGUACCUGCCGUGGGUGUUGAUGGGCUUCAGCCUCAUUAUGCACGGCAACAUCCCCAAAGACGAAAUCAUGGGCGUCGUCAUCGGGCACGUCUGGUACUUUUUCACGGAUGUGUACCCUCCUCUUCAUAACGGCUCAAGACCCUUGGAUCCUCCGGGAUGGUGGCGAAGGAUUUUUGAAGGCAGACCUGCUCGGCCCUCGACCGACAACGUUGACGAAAUGAUACACGCUGGGGUCCGCGAUGCCCCAGUACCCGAGGCUCGCUAG